UUGAAGAGCAGUGAGGAAAAAUGGCGUCGGUGAUGCUGAAGAACGUUAGGGUUCCAGCGAACUCAGCGAGUCUGGAAGAGGCUCGGAGUCGGACCUUCGAUUUCUUCAAGAUGGUUUGCAGAUCCAUACCAAAAAUCAUGGAUAUCUACAAUCUCGACGACGUCGUUACCGUCUCCCAGCUUCGCUCCAUCAUCGCCUCUGAGUUCCGCAAGAACUCCCACGUCACUAACACUAAGGUGAUUGACAUGCUUCUCUUCAAGGGCAUGGAAGAGUUCAGGAAUGUUGUAGAGCAUUCAAAGCAACGUCACCACAUCAUCGGGCAAUAUGUGCUGGCUAGGGAACAUCUUGUGCAGGAUGCGGGCGCCAAGGACCAGGGCAUGUCUGAAUUCCUAAAGAAUUUCUAUAGCAGCAACUACUUUUGAAGCCUUUCCAGUCUGUUAUGAAUUCACCUCAUGUGUGGUUUUGCUUUUGGAUGUAGACUCCAAAUAAAUAUGAUCUCCAAUUUGUAUUGUAACUUACUGUUGGAUAAUGAUCAGUUAUUAUUUGUCUCAGGGCAUUUGAAGACCUUGAUGUUGUCCAAAACAGGCUCUUUUGCAGAAAAUGAAAUGAGGAAAUUGUGUUUUAUGAUAUCA